GCGGGGACGCAGUGCUCGGCCUUCCGGCGCCUUAGGAGCCCCUGCAGGGAGACCAUGCCGAGACCUCAGAAGAGGCUGCCUGGGGCUGCUGGGCCAGACGAGGGGCCAGCAGGAAAACAUACCAAAACUAAGAACCCAGGUGAGGCAUCAGCUAAAGUGAAGAACUCCAGCCCUCAGAAGACUUCAGCCUUUAAAACUUGUGAGAAGAAUCUAAGCAGCUACUGGCUGAUGAAGUCAGAGCCAGAAAGCCGACUAGAGAAAGGUGUAGAUGUGAAGUUCAGCAUUGAGGAUCUCAAAGCAGAGCCCAAGCAGACAGCAUGCUGGGAUGGUGUUCGCAACUACCAGGCCCGGAACUUCCUUAGAGCCAUGAAGCUGGAGGAAGAAGCCUUCUUCUACCAUAGCAACUGCAAAGAGCCAGGCAUUGCAGGACUUAUGAAGAUUGUGAAGGAGGCUUACCCAGACCACACACAGUUUGAGAAAAACAAUCCCCAUUAUGAUCCAUCCAGCAAAGAAGACAACCCCAAAUGGUCCAUGGUGGACGUACAAUUUGUUCGGAUGAUGAAGCGUUUCAUUUCCCUGGCUGAGCUCAAAACCCAUCACCAAGCUCACAAAGCCACUGGUGGCCCCUUAAAAAAUAUGGCUCUCUUCACUCGCCAGAGACUCUCAAUUCAGCCUGUGACCCAAGAGGAGUUUGAUUUUAUUUUGAGCCUGGAGGAAGAAGAACCAAGUUAACUGAGACACUGUUGCUGGAAUGAGCAAGACACUACUCCAAAGUAGUCGAGCUUUUAUAAGACAACAGAAGGUGUGAAGAGCUUGCUUAUUAUGUGCACCUGGGGUUGUGUACAUAGGUGGUUUCUGUGUACUUUUUUCAAUAAACAUUAAUAUCAAAGUUG